AUGGCUUCUGGCUAUGACUAUGUUCGCCACAUGACGGACGAAAGCUCAACACAGAGUGAUCGGGGUCAUAGGACGGUAAGCCGAGGCUUUCUUCGCACAAUUAAACAGAUAAACAUCCAUGGAAACUCUUCUGCGGUAUCCGGUGGGACCAAUCUACGAAUCACUUCGACCCGCCUUCUUAAACGUAAUGAAAUUGAUUUUGUGUACCGUCUGGGCAAUGUAUUCCGCUAUUUCAAGGAACAUCAAAUACUGCAGAAAUAUGGAUUCAAAAAGAUCCGAAAUGACGAUACGCAUUGCACCGAUGGGACACGUAAUCAACUGGAAAUCGACAGAAAGACUGGCUGA